UCAAAAUCAUCGAAAUUUACCGAGUAAAAGCAGUAAAACUGUCAAUUGUCAUUUGCUUCAUGCAUUUCAUGGAUUUAAGUGGAUUUAAGUAAAGCUGUAAAUUUACAGUGUUACAAAUGACGAAACAGUGAAAUUGUUAUUAACAAUGGCUUUUUUGGAGUGGCGGCGAUUUAAUUUUUUCGAUCUUAAAAAAGAGGUUGAUUCGGGGAAAAUAGCGCAAGUACUUGCGGGUUCUCGUAUAACUGCCGCAACCAGUGGAAAUGGAAAUUUAGUUUUUGGCGAUAAUUUUGGAAAUGUACAUUUAGUGAACAGGACAUUUGAAGUUGUGACAUUUCGAGCCUACGAAACAACUUUGUCACUCGCCCAACAAGUACAACAUUCCACAUUUCUUUUUACAAUCGGCGAAGACGAACCGGGUUGUAAUCCAACAAUAAAAGUGUGGAAUUUGGCGAAAAAGGAUAAACAGGGUUUUCCAACAUGUGUGAGAAUAAGUCGCGCGAUUCCCAGUUAUCGGGCAGUUCCCGUGAGUUCCUUGUGUGUUCACUCGAGUCUCACCCUUAUGGCCGUUGGUUUCGAGGACGGUUCCAUUAUGCUUUACAGAGGAGACUUGACACGCGAGAGGAAGAAUAAAAUCAGAGUAUUGAAGGAUACAAACACGUCGAUUACGGGAUUGGCGAUAAAAACAACUGGAAAGCAAAAUUAUUUAUUUGUCGUCACGACGAGCAGUGUUUUUCUCUACAAUAUCACGGUGAAGGAUAAGGAAAUUAAAUCAACGUUGGACAGUAUGGGUUGCUCCAGGAAGUGCAGUAUCCUCGCCGAAUCGAAGCAGGACAGUCACUUUAUGAUCGGACGAACAGAUGCAAUUUAUUGUUACACGCCGGACGGUCGUGGACCGUGUUACGCCGUUGAGGGACAAAAAAUAAUGUUGGAAUGGUUCCGAAGUUAUUUGGUGAUAAUUGCAAAGGAAGCGGCUAAUGUUCCGAGAACGUCGACGACAAUUUCGGCAAAGCCGAGUACAAUAGAACCGAUCCCUCCAGGAGCCGAUAAACACAUGAUAACAGUUCUUGAUAUUCAAAAUAAAUUCAUCGUUUUUUCGGCGUCAAUGCUCUCGGUGCAGGCCGUACUUUCCGAAUGGGGAGGAUUUUUCAUUCUCAGCGGUGACAAUAAACUUUAUCAUCUCGACGAAAAGGAUCUUCAAUCGAAACUUUCGCUUUUGUUCAAGAAAAAUCUCUACGACGUUUCAAUACGAAUAGCGAAAAAUCAACAUUAUGACGCGGAGGGUUUGGUGGACAUAUUCCGACAGUAUGGCGAUCAUCUUUACUCGAAGGGCGAUCAUAAUGGUGCAAUUGAACAGUAUAUAAAAACAAUUGGAAGACUCGAACCGUCGUAUGUGAUUAGAAAAUUUUUAGAUUCACAGCAUAUUGAUAAUUUAACGACGUAUUUACAAGCACUUCACAAACAAGGACAAGCGACCGAGGAUCAUACAACUUUGUUGUUGAAUUGCUACACAAAACUCAAUCACACCGAUAAAUUGAAAGAAUUUAUCAUGACAAAGGAUCGAGAAGUUGAUUUCGACGUGGAAAUUGCAAUAAAAGUUUGCCGACAAGGCUCAUCGGAGGACGCAUUGCUUUUGGCUCAAAAACACGCCAAGCACGAAUGGUAUUUGAGAAUCCAAAUAGAGGACAAGGCUGAAUACAAAAAGGCAUUAGAAUACAUGGCUACUUUAAAUUUCGAGGAGGCCGAAUUAAAUAUGAAAAAAUAUGGAAAUAUUCUAAUUGAUAAUGUUCCGAAUGAAGCGACUCAAUUUUUAAAAACUCUUUGCACGAAUUAUUCGGGUAAAAUUCAAGACAAGAUUAAUAUUGAUUCUAGUGAACACGUGGACAGAGCAAAUCCAGAAGAUUUUAUUCAUCUAUUUUUAAAUAAUUCAGAGCGUCUUGUUGAAUUUUUGGAGCAUUUGGUCAAGAAUGAUGGCAAAUGGAGUACUCUUGUUUACAAUACUUUAGUGGAACAUUAUUUACACGUGUGGUCGGCGUUGAAGGACGAAAUUUCCAAAUUACAAUACGAACAAAAAGUCGUUCGCCUUUUGCAAAAUUCGAAUGCAUGCUACGACAAGGAUCAAAUUUUGAUUCUUUGUCAUCAACAUAAUUUUCGACGGGGAAUUCUUUAUCUCUACGAGGAACGAAAAUUAUAUCAAGAAGUACUCCAAUAUCAUUUGAGAGAAGGUGACAGCGAACAAGUUUUAUCGACUUGCAAUCGUUUCGGUCGCCAGGAUCCAAAUUUAUGGGUUCAGGCCCUAUGGAGUGUGGCUAGAAAUAAAAAAGCCCCACCGAAACUCUUGGCUGAUAUUCUUGCGCAUAUUGCCGAGGAGAAAUUAAUGUCACCGCUGAUGGUUAUCGACGCACUUUCGACUUCAUUGACGUGCUCGUUGGGCGACGUUCGUCCCUAUUUGAGCAGCGUUUUACGAACCGAGCACGAACAAACCCAGGCGGAUACAAAAUUAACUGAAAAAUAUCGCCUCGACACUGAAGAAUUGAGAAAGGAAAUUGAAAAAAUUAAAAGCAGCACAAUUAUAUUCCAGAGUUCACGAUGCAGCGCUUGUAAUCAGGAUCUUGAACUGCCUUCUGUUCAUUUUAUGUGCCAGCAUUCGUAUCAUCAACAUUGCUUUCAGAGUUUCUCGGAGAACGAAAACGAGUGUCCGGCCUGUCUGCCGGACAAUAAAAAAUGGUUGGACAUUAUAAAAGCCCAGGAGCAAUCGCGAGAUCUCCACGAGACGUUUCACAGUCUUUUGGAUCGUGCCGAGGAUCCAUUUUCCCUCGUCGCCGAUUAUUUCGGUCGCGGAGUUUUCAAGAAAUUAACCGUCAUCACUGCCGACGAGAAGCCAAACUACAAAGUCGAAGACACCAAUCCCUACAAUACUUAUGGACCCGGAGCCGAGGCCAAAAUUCGUCUCGGCGAAGGGAAAAAUUCCACUCUCGUAAAAUCGGAAAAUCGCCAGACCAUCGGCAACAAUGAUUUUCUUCGGGCAAUAAAUAAGCCGGACAUUUAUUCGUCGUCAUUGGAGGCAAAUAUAACGGGCAGUGGACAAUCGUCGAGAGCGUCGCCGAUACAAAUUCGCGAGGCGAAAAUUGUGAAUAGCGUCACGCCAAAAUCGUCGCCGCAGAAAAAUUUCAUUCCACCAAAAGCGCCAAUAAUACCGGCGAAUAAUCCAUUCAAGGAGGACGAUUACGACGAGGCGAAGAAUCCAUUUGCCGACGACGACAAUGACGACACGAAUCCAUUCAAGGACGAUAUUGACGAUUAUGACAAAAAUCUUAAUCCAUUUGCGAGUUAAGAGAAAUAUUCUUUUUUGUCAAUCUCCCCCUUCGCCUCACAGGUAGUUUUUUAAUUGCCUUCUUUUUAUAUAUUGUACAUAAUUAAUUAAUAUAUUCCUACAGUGAUAAAGAA